AUAAACAAAACGCUGUGCUUCGGGUGCUUCACUCCUGCUUAUAAAUUUCCUUCAAUUUCCUGCUCAGAAACGUAAUCUAGAAUGGAAAACUUUAUACGAGGUAGCUGCGAAACGAUGUGUCCACAAGCUGAAAUCGAUUUGCGCACCCGGGAGAAGAUUCUACACUUUUACGAGCUGAAACCUGGCAGUCGAACGGAACCAGACAAGCGGCUAGUGGUAAAAGAAUUUGCCCGAUCCGCCGCUGGAGUAAAGCAUCCGAAACAUUGGGAGCUUCGGACGGUGAAUGCUUUGAAGCGGACUGUGAAAUAUCUGCUGACCGAAAUUCUGAAAGAUGAACGUCGAGCAUACAGCUUCCGAUACGAAUUCAUUUUUGAUCGAUUACGAGCAGUCCGGCAGGAAGUAGUAAUGCAGAACCUAGGAGCAAAUGAUACUCUUGACAUUCUGGAACCGAUUGUAUGCUUCCUCGCGUACAGUGCCUACCUCCUAUGUGAAUCUCACAUAAGCGAAUUUGACUCGAAAAUUUGCAGUACCCACUUGCAAGAAUGUCUCAAAAAGGUUCUACGCAGUUACGACGAUCUGGAUCAGGAUUCUUUGUCCUACGAUUUGAGUCGUAGGACCAAAAUGGAAGCACUCUAUCUAGCGUUUAAUCUGGGAAGCACUGAAGCUCUCACCCGUGGAAUCAACCUUCCUAAAAACAUUCGUAAACACCUGGCGUUGCAAUUAUCGAUAAACGUAGAAUACCUCAGAAACAACUUCCACCGAGUGCUGGUCUACCUUCAGAAACUGCAACCGCUGGAGGCUGCCCUGGCUGCCCUUAAAAUUCCAUCAAUUCGACGCCAACUCCUGCUGCGUUUCUCAGCCGCAUUUCAAAGCAAAGUUCUAUCCGUUUCCCUCGAGUGGAUCAGUCACGUUCUGCUGUACCAGCGGCGAGAGCAUCCAGCUCUGAUCGAUGACUGCCAACAUUACAACCUGCAGUUGGUUCAGAUAGAGGAAUCUGAGAAGACCAAAGAUGAUUAUUCAACCGUAGCGACACCAAAAGAUAGCUGGUGGGAUGAUCACGACGAGAACGAUGACAAGAAUACUGAACCAUCUAAAGCCACCGGCAGUGUGCUCUGUGGGCGCUCGGUGAAAUUUGAGAAGUCCCGGUUCGAUUCCAGCAAACCGUUGGUUCAGGCGCGGCGGGUGGAGUUUGUCGAUCGGAAACUUAGUGCGGUAACAUCGGUUUCUGGCAUGCUGUUGGAGGGAAUGUGUUGAAGUUGGAUAACGAUGGGUGGACCAUAUCGCACAAUGUUAUGCUGAGCAAAGCGACGAUCUCAAUACUGUCUGUAUGAUUUUAAUGUGUUAUAGAUUUAAAUGAUAAUCAAAAGAUAAGUGCAAGUUAAAUGAAUUUGUUUUAAAGUUCUAAAUAAAGCUGAAAAUGGCUUAAUUAAA